AUGUCUGCACCUGCCUCCUGGCCCCAGUGUCCCAGUCCUGUCCUGCUGCUGACCCUCCUGCUGGGACUCACAGAGAUGGCGGCUGCACAGGAGCUGCAGGUGAUCCAGCCUGAGAAGCCAGUGUCUGUCGCUGCUGGAGAGUCAGCCACUCUGCACUGCACUGUGACCUCCCUGCUCCCCAUGGGGCCCAUCCAGUGGUUUAAGGGGGCAGGGCCAGGCCGGGAGUUGAUCUACAACUUCAAACAAGGCCACUUCCCCCGAGUCACAAAUCUCUCAGAUUACACAAGGAGGGACAACAAGGACUUUUCCAUCCGCAUCAGUAAUGUCACCCCAGCAGACUCUGGCACCUACUACUGUGUGAAGUUCCAGAGAUCGACCCCUGUUGAUAAGGAGUAUAAGUCUGGACCAGGCACCGAGUUGUCUGUGCGAGCCAGACCUUCUACCCCCAUGGUGUCAGGUCCAGCGACCAGGGCCACACCUGGGCAGAUGGUGAGCUUCACCUGCCAGUCCCACGGCUUCUCCCCCCAGAACAUCACCCUCAAGUGGUUCAAAAAUGGGAAUGAGCUCUCGCACACCCAGACCAGUGUGCACCCCAUGGGAGAAAGUGUGUCCUACAUUGUGUCAAGCACAGCCCAAGUGACCCUGGCCCCUGGAGACAUCCACUCUAAGGUCAUCUGUGAGGUGGCCCAUGUCACCCUACAGGGGAGCCCUCCUCUUCGUGGGACUGCCAAGUUGUCUGACACCAUCCAAGUUCCGCCCACCGUGGAGGUCACCCCACAGCCCACCAUGGCAGGGAACCAGGUGAAUGUCACUUGCCAGGUGAAGCACUUCUACCCCCGGAGCCUACAGCUGACCUGGGUGGAGAAUGAAAAUGUGUCCAGGACAGAAAUAGGCUCGACCCAGUCAGAGAACAAGGACGGGACCUUCAACCUGACGAGCUGGCUGCUGGUCAACUCCUCUGUGCACAGGGAGGAUGAGAUGUUCACCUGCCAGGUGGAGCAUGACGGUCAACCAGCCACUGUGAGAAAUUGCACCCUGCAGGUCUCUGCUGGCCCCAGGGAGAAAGGCCUGGACAACAGCAAUGGAGCAGUGAUGUCUACACUUGCUUCUUCAUACCUCAUAGGCCUGUUCCUUGGCCCCAAGAUCCUUCUAGGAAUCAGUGUCUCUGCCGUGUAUGUCCACAGGAAGCAGAAGUCCUGA